UUGUCAAAAAUGUUUCAUUACGACAAUACAGCUUUAUUCUUACUGAUUUGUUUAUUACAUUUUGUAAAAGGCGACUGGUACACAAUAGGUGUAGUCGAAUAUCAAGCCUUACACGACCGAAAGUGGUCUCCAAAGGAAAUUCUUGAGUGGAACACACACAGAUAUGUACAACUAAUAGAAGCGAGUGGAAAUGAUAAUUUGGUCGUAAUCGUGUUUCCCGAAGGUACCCUCGACGAUGUACAAAAACAUCAAGAUUUAAAACCAUAUUCUGCCGAACUACCGGCAUUCGGAACUCCCUGUGAUCAACAAAAAGAAUAUCCCACAUACCUGCAUAUGCUUUCUUGUAUUGCACGACAGUACCAAGUAUCAAUUGUGUUCAAUAUGAUACAAGCGAGAGAUUACGACUAUUUUACUUCGGACGUGGUCCUCAAUCAUCGAGGCUAUAUAGAAUAUAGUAUUCGAAAAGAAAAUCGAAUUGGUAUCGAAGUUCUUCGCAAAACAUCAAUACCAUUAACAGUUCCUGGUCAACUCGUUUUUUACCCAGUAAAAUUUCAUCUUCAAACAAUAUCCGUGAUCUCGUCUUUUGCCGUGACAUCGAUUGUAGUAGGAUUCCUUUUCUCUUUUGAAAAGGUCCUCAAUCAGAAGGAGGUCACAAACUAUCUUAUCUGUAGCAGCUGGGUGUCGCAGCUACCAUUUUUGACAUCACUUCAAGUACACCAGAUGUGGGCACAAGAAUUUAAUAUGACUAUGUUUUUUUCGGGAGCUAAUAAUCCCAAAAAAGGGCAAGGAGGAACCGGAAUAUAUCUUGCUGAAAGGGGUCCUCUUUUGAUGGAAAUAUUGCCGUUUGGUGGAGCAAAAGUUUACCUGUACAACUUUAGCGACAUUGGCCAGGGAGAAAUGGUGACUCCAAUUGACUACACGAGUGAAACGUUUCUGGACCAAGCAUCAUCAGACAUGGACAACUUCUACAUAGAAGUGGACCCAGAUUUACUCAGAUACGAAUCUGUUGUUCUUGAUCCUCAACAACAGGAAACCGAAACCGAGCUUGCAGUUUCCAAAUUCUUUACUAACUUCGAUGAGGCCAAUUCAUCCGAAUUUUACGCAAUGGAGUAAACGGAAUGUCACCCAACUUGAUGGAAGCGAUUCUUGGGAGAUGUUGGAAAGGACUUUUGCGUUAAUCA